ACGCCCUCACCUUGAUGGCCAUAGAUGUUAUCGCGGGGAUGGCGGCUGGAAACCCGGAGGCAUAAACCGCCGCUGCUCCCCUGAGGCGACAACAAAUGGCAGCUCCUGCACUGAGUGGGGGCGCGAUGGCGGCGCUGAUGCAGCGCUACGUGGCCGCCAUGGUGCUGAGCGGGGCGGGCGAUGCUCUGGGCUUCCACAGAGGGCGGUGGGAGUUUUGCCGCAGCGGCACGGAGAUCCACGCCGAGCUGAAGAAGGCGGGCGGCGUGAAGAAGCUCAACGUGUCGGCCUGGAUAGUGAGCGACGACACGGUGAUGCACCUGGCCACGGCCGAGGCGCUGGCGGCGGCGCCGGGUCCCACCGAGAGCCCGGAGACCCUGUACCCGCGGCUGGCCUGGGCCUACGUCAUGUGUAUGGACGACAUGGAUGGGAGGGCGCCAGGCAUAACGUGUAUGAGUGUAGUGCGUUUGCUGAAGUUGGAUCAACCUGAUGGCUGGAAGACCCCCUUCAAUCCCCAUGGUGGUGGCUGCGGAGCGGCAAUGCGGGCCAUGUGUAUCGGACUGCGGUAUCCCCACCCGCAUCAGCUGGAGGAUCUGAUCGCUGUGUCCGUGGAGAGUGGACGGAUGUCCCAUCACCACCCCACCGGCUACCUGGGCGCGCUGGCGGCUGCCUUGUUCACCGCGUAUGCAGUGAACGGCAAGCCCACGGUGAGCUGGGGUAAAGGCCUGAUGGAGGUACUGGAACAAGCAAAGAGCUACGUGCAAAAGAGCCAGCACGAGGCAGAACAAAACCUGGCUGCCUGGUCCUACUUUGAAAACCAAUGGAAGAGCUACCUGCGGAUGCGAGGCAUAGCGGACGGAGUGUCCAAGCCGAUAUUUCCCAAGGAUUAUGGCGUGGCCGAGCGAGAUAAGUUCUACGCGUCCGUCAGCUACUCCGGCUGGGGUGGUGCGAGCGGGCAUGAUGCCCCCAUGAUAGCCUACGAUGCCAUCCUGGGCUCGGGCACCUCCUGGGAGGAGCUUUGCAACAGGGGCGUCUUCCACGGAGGGGAUAACGACUCUACUGGUGCCAUCGCUGCCGCCUGGUGGGGAGCCAUGUAUGGCUUCCACGGCGUCCCCACAUCCAACCACAAAGGUGUGGAGUAUCAGAGCAGAUUGGAGACUGUGGCAAAGAAGUUGUUCGACUUAAGCCAUCCAAGUUCCCCAUCAGAAGCAAAGAGUGAUUUGUAAACUCCACCACUCUUCAACCUUGCACCUGUCCUCUGCUUGAGCUCGUAAUGAUUGCAUAUUAAAAAGUUCUCUUGGGUACAUAUAACGUGGAUUAAUACAAAAGAUAAAAGACUGUCCAUGUGGGAAGACGUUUCUUUGUAAGUUCACAAGUGAUAGGAGCAGAAUUAGGCCAUUCGGCCCAUCAAGUCCACUCCACCAUUCGAUCAUGGCUGAUAGAAACAUAGAAAAUAGGUGCAGGAGUAGGCCAUUCGGCCCUUCGAGUCUGCACCGCCAUUCAAUAUGAUCAUGGCUGAUCAUCCAACUCAGUAUCCUGUACCUGCCUUCUCUCCAUAUCCCCUGAUCCCUUUAGCCACAAGGGCCACAUCUUACUCCCUCUUAAAUAUAGCCAAUGAACUGGCCUCAACUACCUUCUGUGGCAGAGAAUUCCACAGAUUCAACACUCUCUGUGUAAAAAAUGAUUUUCUCAUCUCGGUUCCAGAAAACGUCCCUCUUAUCCUUAAACUGUGACCCCUGGUUCUGGACUUCCCCAAUAUCGGGAACAAUCUUCCUGCAUCUAGCCUGUCCAACCCCUAAUCUCCUAACCCCAUCUGAUCUCCUAACCCCAUUCUCCUGCCCUCUCCUCAUAAACCCUGACACCUGCACUAAUCAAGAGUCUAUUAAUCUCUGACUUAAAAACAUAUAGAUUUCUCUGUCCCCUCUCCAAUCAGGAAUAUGUGCCGUGUUUUGUACUCGACUACCAUAGUACAUGGUAUAGUGAGAAAUGUUAUAAAUGAAUGAAACAUAUUGAAGUCCCCAGAUUCUGAUCAGCAGAAGAAACAAAUGGUGUCUGUGUUUCAUAGUAAUGAACAUGACUUGGUUUGGAGAAGAUAAAUUUAGUUGCAGAUGAACCAAAGGUUAACAUUUGUAAAAAAAAGAAUGGUAUAACGUUGAUUUUGAUGCAGUAGUAGAAUAGUAUAGAGAAUAUAUAUAGUGGUGCAGUAGACUUGAUGGGCCGAAUGGCUUAAUCCAACUAUUUCUUAUGACCUUAAUAUUUCGGGACUCAUAUGCUGAGAGAAUGGAGCGUCUGGGCUUGUACACUCUGGAGUUUAGAAGGAUGAGCAUAUAAGAUUGUUAAGGGUUUGGACACACUAGAGGCAGGAAACAUGUUCCCGAUGUUGGGGGAGACCAGAACCAGGGGCCAGAGUUUAAGAAUAAGGAGUAAGCCAUUUAGAACGGAGACGAGGAAACACUUUUUCUCACAGAGAGUGGUGAGUCUGUGAAAUUCUCUGCCUCCUGGAGGCAGGUUCUCUGGAUGCUUUCAAGAGAGAGCUAGAUAGAGUUCUUAAAAAUAGUGGAGUCGGGGGAUAUGGGGAGAAGGCAGGAACGGGGUACUGAUUGGGGAUGAUCAGCCAUGAUCACAUUAAAUGGUAGUGUUGGCUCGAAGGCCCGAAUGGCCUACUCCUGUACCUAUUGUCUAAUAUACUAAUCUUACUAACAAACUUGGGAUGGCGGUUUCUGAAAAUAAAAUUUCUCAGCUGCAAGUUGUUAAGAAAUAUAUUUAUUAAUGCUUGCAGUGUUCUGCAUUUCUCAGUGUUACUUUCCAUGUAGUUGCAAAAAUACUAAGCAUACCCCCGACAUUUACAUCAAGAUUGUUGAUGUAUGUAGCAGACACCAAGACAUCCAGCACAAUCCCUGGGAUAUACUGUGUAUGAAUGAGCUGCAGAUGCUGGUUUACACCGAAGAUAGACACACCAUGCUGGAGUAACUCAGCGGGACAGGCAGCAUCUCUGGAGAGAAGGAAUGGGUGACGUUUCGGGUCGAGACCCUUGUUCAGACUGGGAUGCACUGUUGGAUACCUGCUUCCUAUCACUAGAGCGGUCUCUCUUCCAUCCUCGGUCCCGACCCGAAACGUCACCCCUUCCUUCUCUCCAGAGACGCUGCCUGUCCCGCUGAGUUAGUCAGCAUUUUGUGUCCCUCUUCCAUCCUCUUCCGCGUCCUGUGGCCAAGUCAAUUUUAGAUCUAAUCGAUGUCAAGGAGACACAAGGCAGAAUCUGCAGAACAAUGAAAUCUGGGGGAAAGAUUUCAUCAUUCAAAUGGAAACUUGACUUGAGGAAACAUGAACAAAAAAAAAGCCACUUUUCUGCACUUAUUCACUUUCUGAGCAAAUUGGAGUAGAUUAUGCUGCCUGACAUUGAAUCCGUAGGAUUUGGAGGUACAGGCUCUUCAGCUGAGGAGUCUACACUGACCAUCGAUCACCCAUUCACACUAGUUCUAUGUUAUCCCACUGUUGCGUGAACUCGUUUCACACUAGGAGCAACUUUAUUGAUCGAGGUCCAAUUUUACUCUUCAGGAGGAAACGGGAGCCCACAGGGUCACAAAUUGUCACCUUUCCUGCACCAUCUCUGACUGGAUGAAUCUGAGGAAGUUGUCUGUCUGAUGUUGGUUCAAAGUUUCAGGAGCAUCACCAACAUUUGCAAAUGGAACUGAAUUGUUACACUCAUGAAAUGUCUGCAAAUAGCGAGCCGGCACAGAGCUGUUGGAUUCGAAAUCCAUUUCAACUUAAUGCAACCGAAGUUGAUGACAAGACUUUGAAGUUUCAGGAAAGUACUUGACUUUCAAGCUAGACAGGUUUUGAGAGAGAAAUCUGCUUGUGGGGUGUGGAUGUGAAAGUGGUGUGAGCUGCAGAUGCUGGCUUAAACCGAAGAUUGGCACACACAAAAAGCUGGAGUAACUCAGCGGGACAAGGGUGAGGUUUCGGAUCGAGACCCUUCUUCAGAUAGGAAAGUGGGAUGACCUUGAACUAGUGAACAAAUGAUCAAUGGGCCAAAGUCUAGUUUCCAUGCUGUUUCUUUCUAUUCAUUUGAUACAGUUUUGGUCCCAACUUCAAGAUUUUCCAGCUCUCUCUGCUGGAGCUGUCACAAAGCCUUGUCUCCAUUUCCUAACGCACAUAUCAGUGUGAAGCAGCAUUUCUAGCACCUGACUCAGCACAAUUUGCACUAUAGUCUUUGUAUGACUCCUCUUCCAAAAAUCAGUGCAUUGGCUGAGAGAUCCUUAGCACUCAGGAAGUCACUAAUUGUGUCAAAUGCUUUAAUUUGGUGUCUAAUCAAGGUGUUAAUUUCUUAUGCAUCGAAUUGAAUACGUUUAAUAUGAUUUGUGUUUGAUGCUGGACUUUUGUAUUUAGUGACUUAACUUGAUUUUUCUUUGUUGCCUUAAUUCUAUGCAAAGCCAAAAUAAACGAUUGAAAUUAAA